UCUUUGUAACAGAGGUGUGGCCUAAAUUGUGCAGGUGGUUGGAGCGGGAGAUGGAGCUCCCCGAGCGGGUUGAGUCUAGAGCAGAGGUGGUAACAUUGAUAAAAUGUCCAGAGCGGGGUUUACGGAGGGAUUAGCGACCUGGCAUAGACAAGUUGAGAUCAGGUCAAAAGAACGAGCAACUGGACAGAGCGACACUAUGAGCAGCGUCGGUGCAACAGAUUACAGAUUAAGUGCGGGGGAUGGCAGAUACCCCAGGGGUACACAGCGCCCCGCAGAAGUGCAGAAACUCCUGGGCGAGUUCCAGGACCUGUACCAGGAUCGGCUUCGACGACUCGACCAAUCGGGUGACGGUAGAGAGGAAACACUGAAGCUAAAGAUUGGGGUGCUGCAGUCAUAUGUGCGAGACCUGAGUGAACAGAACCAGGUUCUGAUCCAAACCCUGGAAGAGCUGGAGACGGGAUCUGAGCAGAGAGUUAACAGCCUGGAGAGAGAGCUGGAGGAGUAUGCCUGCAGACUGAAGGAGAAUGACCAGGAGAACCGAACCUUGCGGAGCACACAGGAGAGUCUGGAACAGGACAUCUAUGAUCUUCAGACAAGACUGAACUUGACCGAAAAGAAAACCAGUGCUCGCCCGUCCUUGGCUCUGUGCCCGAUGCCUACGGAACACCUUACGGGAACCACGGCAACAAUCCACGGCACCCCACCCGCCGGGUGUCGGACAGAUCCACUUGAAGACCCGCAUGCCCAGCUUUACACCAGAGACCAACUGCUUCAGCAGCUUCGAGAGGCCUGCCUCUCACAAGAAGAGGCCCGGGCUGAGGUUCAGGAUCGUGAGUCAAAGAUCCAGGAGCUUCAGGACACCAUCACAGAGCUGCACCAGGAGAUCUCGCUCAAAGACUCAGACAAACUGAGCCUUCUGCAGGAGCAGCACAAGCUGGAGAGCAGAGUCAAUGAGCUGGGUCAAGAGGUAUGGCAUUUGAAGGAAACCAUUAGCCAUCUGAGGAGAGAGCUGCUGGAGUUUGGAAGUGCAACCUGCAGCGGUGCCCUGGGCCAGAGUGUGAGUGAUGGUCAGGCAUUCAGUGUCCAGGAACUCCAGGGUUCUUCUUCCAGAGGGACAGAGCUUCUGAAAAGUGAGAUGGCACGCCGGGACGCUGCCAUCCAGAACCUUCGGAAAGAUGUGCUUCUGUCUCACCAGGCCCGGGAUACCUUGUCUGCUGAGCUGGAUGUCCAAGAGCAAAGUAUCUCUCGGCUUCAGACAGAGCUACAGGAGAGCCAGGCUGAACUCCAGCACAGACAGGGCCGGAUCCAGCAGCUAAACCGGGACCUACAGACAACAGAUCAGCAGUGCGAGGAGCUGCGCAGCCAGUUGACAGAGGUGAAAGAUCAGCUUGCUCGUGGGGAAGGGGAGAAUGAGGCUCUGCGGAAGUGCAAGCUGGAGCUGACUGCUGAGGUUGAGAGGCUGUCUGCAAGAGUGUGCUCUCUGAACCAGGAGGUGGGUGAGAGAGGAGGAGUGCUGACUGGGCAGGCUGACCAGCGGUGCCAGGAGUUAGAGAGCCAACUCUCGGAGACUCGUGUCCAGCUGAGGCAGUGCCAAGACACAGUGCGGGCCCUACGGGACCGAGCCCAGGACAACAGCCAGAGGGCGGAAGAAGGCCAGGCCUUGCUGCAAGCGGAGCUAGACAGCCUGAGAAUCAAACUGAGUGCCGCCACCAAGGAGGCCUCAGAGAAGAACUCCCAGCUCCAACAGCUACAGAGUGUCUAUGAAGAGCUGCAGGGGCAAGCAAGCCAGAGAGAGCGAGAGGUGACUGUGCUGAAGAGCCAGUUGGACCAGCAGCAUGAGGAGUUGCACAGCGCCACCCUCAGGUGUGUGCAGCAUGAGCAAGAAGUGAUAGAGCUGCGGGAGGAGAGAUGGAGACUGGAACAGCUGUGUGGAGAGCUGGAGGGGGAGGCUGAGCAACUGCAGGCACAGCUGGAAAGAGAGAGCCAGGCUCUGGAGAGAGAGAAAGAGGAGCUACAGAGGGAGUUAAAGCAGAGAGGAGAAGUGAUUGAGAAGCUGACGAAGGAACAGAAGAGCCUGCAGGACAAAGUUAAAGCUUCCGAACACAAGUUGGAGUUAAGUGCUGGGAAGGUGACGCUACUGCAGAGGCAGCUGGACUCAGCGGGCCGGGCCCGAGAGGAGGAGAGCAGCGAGCGGAACUGGGAGCUGUGGGAGUGGAAGGAGCGACAAAGGGAGGCCGACCAGAAGUUAGUCCUCCGAGACGAGGCGCUGGGAGAGCUGCGGGCUGAGCUAGCAGAGACCCAGCGCGCUCGGGACACUGCAGAGAGGGGAGCACGGCUUCAGGAGGACACAGCCAGGAGUCUUGGGGCUGAGAGCAAGAGCCUGAAGGACAAACUGGGAGAGCUACAGGCCAAGCUGUCUCAGAGAGAGGAGAGUCUGACUGCCUCAGGUCUGGAGGCAAGCUCACUGAGAGGGAGGCUGCAAACUCAGCUUCAUGAGACAGAGGCUCUCCGGAAUCAACUGCACAGCUCCCAGGAUGCAUUGCAGCACGUCACCAAGGAGCUGAGAGAGGCAGACGAGCAGAUUUCUCAGAGAGAGGAGAAGAUAGAUGAAAUACAGAGUGAUCUGACUCAGCUUCAGCAGCAGUAUUCCACCUGCUACAACCAGCUGGUGCAGGAGGAGCAGAGCACUGCCAGAGUGAAGGCAGAGCUGUGUGAAGCAGGAGAGGAGCAAGACAGGCUGUCAGAGCGGAUAUCACAACUCACUGCAGAGAAACAGAGGCUGCAUGCUGAACUGGAGGUGCUCACUGAGAAACACAGGGCUACACAGCAGCAGGUUGGCAGCAGGGACCAGACAGUCUUGAAACUCACAACGGAACUGAAAACAGUCGAGGAGAAGUUGAGAGCAUCACAAGAUGAGCUAGGAGUGCAGGUUUCGGAGGUGCAGAGUCUGACGGGGAAGGUGAGAGCAUUGCAGAGCGAUCUCAGGAGCCUACAGGAUAUCCUGAGUGACAGAGAGGCAGCCAUGAGUGAGAAGGAGCAGAACGUAACCCACCUUCAACAAGAGAGGCAACUCCUGAUUCAGCAGACUGAGUGCCAGGAGGGGGCGCUGUCUCAGCUGUACAGUGAGCUGCGGUGCUGCCAGUCUCAGCGGGAGGAGGAGGUCCAGCAGCUGGAAGCGGAGGUGUCUCGUCUGCAGGCCGAGCUGGACUUGUGUAGUCAGGAGCAGCAAGACACAAUGACCCGACUGCAGCAGUACCGGGCCACUGUGGAGAUGCUCAGCUCUGACCUGGAGGUGGCCCAUCGGCUGCAGCAGGAGGUGCGGGAGGAGGUGGCGCAGUGUGAGUCCCGCUUGCGUGCUCAGGAUUUGGAGGUGGUGCGGCUGCGUGGGAGCCUGCAGGAGGUGGAGUCUCGGUAUGCAAAGGCUGAGGCGCACGGUCAAUCCCUCUCAGACUCCUUGGAUGUUUACAAGCAGAAGUACCAGGCGUGUCUGAGCAAGGUGUCCUCACUGGAGAGUGGGCUGCAGAGCAGGGAGGAUGAGCUGAGGGAGGCCAGCACACAGGUGUCAGAGCGCGACAAUGAGAUCCUGCGGCUACGUGCCGAGGCCCUGGUCUUGCGGAGGGAUAUGGAGUCGCGCUGUGCCCAGCUGGAGAGUGGUGAUGAGGCCAUCGAGACACUGAGCCAGGAGCUGAGAGAGACGCAGAGUGAGCUGGAGAGCAGCCGGAAACACGCAAGAGAGUGCGAGGAAGUGAUCUCUACACUGAGAGAAAGGACUGCGGCGCUGCAAGCACGGGCAGAGGAGCAGGAGGAAGCCGCAGUGAAGAUCCAGGCUGAUUUCUCAGUGUACCGUGCAACACACGCACGCUCUGACUCAGAGUACGACACACAGCUUACACACAUCGAGCAGCUCAAACAGGAGCUGUCCUGCGCGCUGGAGCAGUGCAGUGAGCGUGCUCAGCAGGUGUCUGAUUACCAGGGACUGGUCCAGGAGCUGAAGGAAGAGGUCAGCAGGGUCUCUGAGCAGAGGACCAGCAGCAUGAGAGAGGUGCUCAGGCUGGAGGAGGUUGUGAGGCAGCUGCAGGGAGAGGUGGGAGGCGAGGCUCAGAGGAGGCAGGGGGAGGUGGGGGCACUGGAGCAUCAAGUCUCGAGACUAGAAGAUGACCUCAGGGAGGCACAAAGACUGUGUGCUCAGAAAGAGCAGGCCAUCCAGAAGAGACACGCCCUCUUGAGGAAGUCUGAGACGAACUUGCUGGAGGCUCGUGAGGCAAUCCGAGAGAAGGCAGUGGAGGCUGAGAGGCUGCGUGCCGCUGUCGCCUCCCUGGAGUCAGAUGUGCAGAGGCUGCAGCGUGAGACCCGGAAGAAAGAGAAUGGGAGCGCCGCCCUUCAGGCUGAACUGCAUCGGGUCAAAGAAGAGCUAAAGGAGGCCCACGCGCAGUACCGGGAGACAGCCCAGGAGCUGGCCCGACAGGAGGAGAAGGUGGUCCUGGCGGAGGGUGGCCAGCAGAGAGCGCAGGAGCAGUUGGGGGAGCGCGUGGCAGAGGUGGUGCGUCUGGAGCAGGGGGAGCGGAGACUGCAGUCCGAGCUGCGCGGGCUCCGGGAGCGAGUCGCCAGUGCAGACCAGGAGAUUGAAGGAUCCAGGAAUCUCAUUGAGAAGCUCAAGGCCGAGGUCACUCAGAGCAAGCAGAGCCACCAGAGUGCACUGCAGGAGGGGCUGAGGCACCAGCAGGGGGCGCAGCGGCACGAGAUGGAGCUUGGCAGCAGGAAGGAGCAGAUCAGGACCUUGCAGCUCCAGCUACAGGAGCAGGCAGAGAUGAGCCGUCAUCUUCGGGCAGAGUUGAGCCAGGAGCAGGCUCAGCAACAGGACCAGCAGAAGCGCCUGGAGAGCGGGCGAGCGCGAGUGAACGGGCUGGAGAAAGAGAACGAGGAGCUCCGAGCCAGGCUGCACUCCACAGAGCAGCUGCUAAAGGAUAAGGAAAAGCAGAUCUCCAGUCUACAGAACAGUGUUUCUGAGCUCCACAGCGCCUCCCAGCACCUGCGAGAGGAACAUGCUGCUUGCCAGUCACAGCUACAACUUUCCAAGAGAGACCUGGAGGAGGCACAGAGUCAGAGCAAGACGCACUGUGAAGAGGUUAGCAGGUUCGAGGAGUCAGUGUCAAGGCUGCAGGCAGAGCUGGAGACAGCCCAGGAGAGGGCGAGGUACGGGGCUCGAGAGCUGGCCUCGGCAGAACAGGGAGUCAGAGAGCUGAGGCUGGAGCUGACCUCUGCGCAGGGGGCUCACAAGGAGAGCAUGGAGCAGCUGAGCGAGCGGAGCCGGGAGGCAGCAAGCCUUCGCAACGAGCUUGUCCGUUCUCAGCAGCGCAGUGCUCAGCUCGGGCAGGAGAACGCUGCAUACGAGGAGCGAAUGAGGCGUCUCAAUGGGGAGCUGAAGAGACUGCAGAGCCUGAGCCAACACACACAUGAUGAGGCCCGAGCGUACGAGAACAGGCUGUCGGAGCUCAGUGCCCAGCUAGCACUCAUGCAGAGGAGGGGACAGGAGCAUCUGGCAGCGCUGGAGUCGAGAGACGAGGAGACAGUGAUUCUCAAAGUGGAGCUGGCGUCCCUCAGGGAGAAAUACCACACCUCAGUCCAGGAGGGAGAUGUUUUACACUCAGAGCUGAACAUGUUAAAGCAGAAGUACAUGGCUACUGCUAAUGAGGUGGAGGUGCUGCGGUGCUCUCUGGGUGCAGCACGCUCGGACAGCUCCCGUCUUCAUCAGGAGAGCGAGCUGGUCGUGUCUAAUGUCAACCAGUGGGUAAAGGAGCAGAAGCAAGCCAAUGAGAAACUGGGGACAAAGAUAAAGGAGCAAAGCAAACAGAUAGUCCACCUGACCGCUGAAAAGGACCACCUAUCGGAGAUGAUUGACAAUCUGCAGAGAGAGAACAAGAAGCUCAAGACAGAGCUGGAUGAGCGGAGGCUCGAGAUCGAAAGGGCUCGAGCUCUCCACGCAAGCCAAUCAGAACACCUUGCUGUCAUGACUCGACUACGCAGCCAGCUGCAUGACCCGGAACCUCUACACUCUGCAAGUCCAGCCCUGAACAACAGCGGGAACAUAAAGAAGAAGAGGUAUCUUAGUGCCAACCUAAAUUGCAGUUAGACAAUCCAAGAGGGGCCGUUGAGAACUGGACAUCCCAGGCUUCGGUCCAGCCUUGGCCAAAUCGGUCACAAGACUCCACUACACAAAGGACCUGUUAAGCACUGAGACCCUCAGACCUCACAGUCACCCUCCAGAACUUUAAAACCUGCAAUGAGAUAUACUGGCUGCGUGCAGAACCUCACAUCUCGCCUGCAGAAUACGAAGCAAUACUGGACAGAGAGGGUCAAAGACCUCAACAAAAUACCACCCGAUGCAGGAUCCCAGUGGGGACACAAAACUCCCGUCUUGCAUGCUAAUGCCUUGAGGAGUACUGAGUGCUAAGGAUUCUUACUACAAUGACUCCAUUGCACUGGCACAGGGAAGAAUUAGAUGACUGUUGCUUUUGCACCUUAAGUCUAGUUGUAUUUUGAAAUCUCUUGACUUCUCUAGGAGUGCUAUAUAAACUUUUUGUACUCCAUAAAGUGGUGGUCUAACUGUGCAGAAAACAGAUUUUUAAAUGUUCAUCCCUUGUAGGCUGCUACAUAAUCUUUCAAAUUAACAUUGUGUUCUAAGCAUCCUACUAAACGAUACAAGCUGUUAUUGCAAUUAAAAACAAACCUAUUCAUGUUACAAGAGAACAUAUUUUUUUACUUUAACCUAUACUCCAGUAAAAGCCACAGCUAGAUUUUGUUACAGCAUUUUACUCACCAGGAAAUCAACCUGGAUUAUAUUUACUGUACCAUGGAUAACCACGAAUAGGUGGAUUGUGCAAUCCCAGGUGAAUACCCAGUGCUGUAAGAAAAAGAAGAAAAGAAAUCCAGCUGCGAUUGAUCCUGGUCAAAUCAACCCUGAAGGCACACAUCUUGUAUCCUUAAAUUAACCUUCUGGAUUGUUUGUUACUUGCAGUUUGCACAAAAGUCAGACCCAAAAUCCCUUUAGAAAAAGGAUCAAAGUGACAGGAAAUACUCGUUUCAAUACUGUAAAGCACCUAGAGCAAAACCAUCAUAAUAUAGAAUUGUAGAUUUCUGGUCAAUUUUAAUAGGAUUAUGGCUUGAAAAUAUAUCGAAAUUAGCAGAGGCAGGUUACAACACGACCAUUUACCUCUCAUCAUUUAAUACAGUUGCUUGGUUUUGGACAAACAACAGUAAAAUCAAUUGGCAAAGCCUCAGGCAUCUCACCUUUCACACCCAGUAGUUUUGUACAGGUUCGCUAUGCCAUGCAUUAGUUUGUGAUGGUUUUAAAAGGGACAACCCUGAUGCAGGGGGAGACACUGGAAGUAUUAGAAUUAGACACCUCCCGUGGUAAAGGGAUGUUAGCAAAAAGAUAGCAUAAUGGACUCCACCUGGACUGUAUCAACAUGUUUAUGUUGAGAUUACCCCUAAAAUAGUAGUUGGUUCAUCCAGUCCUGUAAAAUACUGCAAUAAAUCCAGAACGGCUUCCUGGCAGUAUUUGAAUUGAUCAAAUCAACCCUGAAAUGUAACGUGUAAGGAAAUCAAUCCCUUUUUUAUACAGAGUGAUCCACUGGUGCUAAAUGUAUUUAUUUAAUGUUUGUUUUUAAUUAAUUGUAAUAUUAGUGUUUGUUUUUUGUACAAUCAUGACAGUUUCUUUUUUGAUACAUUGUGCCUUGUCAAAUAUAAUUGAUGCCCUUCAAUGUAAAGAAAUGACCUUUUGUCUAUCAGAUGCAUGUUAGCUAUGUUGUGCAUUGAAUGUAUUUUUUUUAUUGGUAGGUGCUUAUGCAAUACUUGUGAUUAACUGGCACUGGAUUCGAUAUUGAAUAAGUGCACUACCUUCCUGAUUUGAGUGCUAAUGCUUGAGAUUUUCUACAAAGUAUAAAUCUAUUUUUGUGUGACCAUAAAACAAAAAAAAUUAUAAUAAUUUUGACUGUUACCCUAAGCUCUCUUGUAUGUAUUGAAUUUGCAGUUCUUCAUGCUGUAUUUAAUUUGCUGGCUCUCAGAUCCUGAGUACAGAGUUGUCUACACUGUAUUGACAUUGCUCUCUUUAAUGUUUCUAGUAAAACGUACAUAAAUUCCUAUGUGUUGUUGCGUUUGACAGACAGAUUUCAAUUCAAAUGGGACUAAUCCUGCUACUCUGUUAUUAUUAGUACAGUUACCCAGAUCAUUUGGUCCCAUGCUUGUAAUGAAAGGAGCAGGAGUUUCAAUAUCUUUGUUUCAUAGGGGAGGUAACGUUUUUGAACCUGUGAGAGCUGAUGAUACUGUGUGAGUGUGUUCAUGCACUGCCUGCCUGUCUGCCUAUGAGGGUUAAUCCAGGUUUUAUUGGCGGAAGCUGCAAUUCCUUUCUGGCUCCACCAGAUCAAUAGGCAACAUUCUCCACAAUACUCAAGUCAAUACCCUACACUUUAGGUGUCUGAGGGAACUAAAGAACUCCAAUAAUUGUUAUUAAUGAUUCGGAUUUCUACAACCACAAUUCUGCUGUAGCUGACGUAUCGCUUAGACAAAAUACAAUAACAAAUAGACUGAAGCAAAAAUGAAUUUGAGAAAAACGGUAAAAAAAUAAGUAUAUGCUUUCUCCAAUAAGAUAACACAUCAGUCAAGAUAUUCUGUGAGGCCCUGUCAAAGCACUGCAUUACCUGUUAUCACACACACAGCCUAAUGUUGAUAUUCACAGGAACCAUUACUAGAUGCAAAAGAAAAACAAAUUCAUCCAUUGGCUUACCUGGACAUACACGCAACCCUUAAGACAGAAAAGAUAUCUUCAGAUUCUUAAAUAAAAUUUACUGAAGUUUGCUCAGAACUGGAUAAGUGGGACAUACAGUCCAUAAGCAUGGACCUUCCACUACUCUCUAUCGCCUUGAGCAGAAUGACUCCCUCUUCCCCCAUACCUGCUACUAGUAACUUUAAAUGGGCUUUUCCAAACAAUUCUGUGCAUCUCUUGGUUAAAUUGCUAAACUUAUAAAAAUACAUAUGCAAAUUCUGAGGUUACGAAGAUACAUCAGAUUAAAUGGCAUUGUAAUUAAAAGAAAAACUGAUCACUAACAACAGAUUGUUUAAUCGGGACUCCUAUUUAAAUCAACAUUUUAUUAAUAACAUAUCUUAUUGGAUGAACACAUGCUAAAUAGCACUUUCCCAUAACUACUAAAAAAAUCUACCAAGAACAAAACAAAUUAGUGCAAAUAAAUAAAUAAAUAAAUAAUGAAUGGAGCUGCACCGCCUACAUUCACGCUGAAUAAGAGUGACGGAUGAAGAAGGGAUGGCCGCUGUUAUAAUUGGGUCCCAGAAGACGGUUCAGCAUUAUUGAUAGCAGAGGAAAAAGAAACCCUUUAUACUGGGCUAAAUAAAGUCACCCAUCGCUUUGUGUGUGAUUACUGGAUUACAGUUAAUUAAGACAGGAGCUGAUGCUCCUGUUCACUUCAUCAAUCUCACUUCUUCUCUAAUUAAGUUUGAAAUGACAGUUGUUCCUGAGCCUCCUGUAGCAGAGAGAUGGAAGGAGGACCUCCUUUAAUUAUAUUUUAUUAGCCCCAUAGAGGUUUUUAAACCACCACUUUUGCUCUGUGUGUAGCCGUAUCACAUAUGGCUCUUUUCCACCGUUCCCUGUGCGUUAAAGUGAUAAGUUUAGGUUUGUUUACAGGAAGCUAUAUGUGAAACACUUAAAUCAGUUGAAU